AUGUUUCUUUUACUUCCAGAUAUAAUCCCUCCAGAGACUGAACUGAAUGAGGUAAACACGGAAGGAGCUACAGGCGAAAGAAACCACACAACUAAAUCCAGUACAGAAGCAAUAGCCUUGGAAAGACAGCUGCUAUGUAAUUCAUCAGAGCAGGAUGGUAUAGACAGGGCGGAAUAUAAUUCUAUCCAUGAAAACCACAAAUUAGAAUCAAGUAGUGAUGAACUAGACAACAAUGCUGAAGACUCUCCAGAAAAGAUAAACAGUGAGAGUGUAUUGCCAUUCAGUGCAUUAGUACAAGAUGUUAGCAAGAUGGUAGAAAGCAGUGCUACCAAUGUAAACCACAAGGUAGUAUUAGCAUCCUGUCCAGAAAAUAAUACUAGCAAAAAUAUAUCACAUCACAGUCCAAAUAAAAUAACCAGCGAUAGUGCAUUGCCAUUCAGUCCAUCAAUUCAAGGUGUUGACCCAUUACUUCAAAAUGCCAUCCAUAUAAACCACAAAAGAGUGUUAACUGAUGGCAUAGCAAACAAAGUUGCAAUGUCAUGUCCAAUUAAGAAUACUAGCAAAACUGUUUUGCCAAUCAGUCCAUUAGGAGAAAAUGGUGUUGAAGAGACAGAAAAUAACGCUAUCCAUGUAUACCAUGAAGCAGAAGCAGCUGACUGUAAAACAAGACAAAAUGUUCUGCCCUGUCCAGAAAAGAACACUGGCAAGACUAUUUUGCCAAUUAGUCCAUUAGGAGAAGAUGGUGCUGAAGAGACAGAAAAUAAAGCUAUCAAUUUAAAUAACAAAGAAUCAACUGAUGGUAUAGCAAGCGAAAACGCAAAUACUGGCAAGAAUGUUUCAACAAUCAGUCCAUUAGGGCAAGAGGGGACUGAGAGGAAAGACCAAAAUGCUGUCCAUAUUACCAGUAAAGCAGGAUCAGCUGAUUGCAAAGCAGGCAAAACUACACUGUCUUCUCCAGGCAAGAUGGUUUCGUCUACCAUUCCAUCAGUACAAAAUGAUGUCGAGAAGACAAGAAAGGAUGCUGUCCAUGAUGCCAGUGAAGGAAUCGAAAAUGCACUCCCCUGUCAGGAAGAGAAAACCGAUCAAUUAAUGAAUAAUUUUGAGAGGACAGAUAAUGUUAAUGUAAACCUUAAAGAAGAAUCAAUCAAUGAUGAACAAAAUGGCAUUCCACUGGUUAGUCCAGAGAAGAAAAAUGAGGAGAGUGAAUAUUCAUAUAAUAGUCAAUUGGUUCAAAAUGUUAUUGAGAAAACUGAGAAUAGGGAAUCUGUAUUAGAUUCCGAAAAUAUGGAAGAAAUUCAUAUAGCAGCAAGGAAAGGUGAUGCUGAUGAGGUGCUUAAAAUGCUCGAAAAGGGCGAAGACCCUUCUGCCUUUACAAGUGCCAAUAACACUCCACUCCAUUAUGCAGCUUAUGAAGGCCAUACUGAGGUUGUGAAAUUAUUACUGGACAGAAAAUCAGACCCAAACGUUUCGAAUAAUGCUGGUGACACCCCACUUCACCUUGUUGCACUAAAUGGAAAGACUGAAGUUGCGAAAAUAUUGUGUGAAUGCGAAGAUCUUAAUGUAAACGAUCCAAGUGCAACAAGUGAAACGCUACUUGCAUAUGCAAGACAUGGAGGGGAAAAGCCUGUGCUAAAUGUUCUUAGGAAUCCAGAAACCAUUUCACCUGAGGGCAAUACACCCCUCCACUGUGCAUCACUGGCGGGCCAUACAGAAGUAGUUUGUUUGCUACUAAUGAAGAAUGCAGAUGCGAAAGGUAUGACUCCUACCCACCACACACCUUUGCAUUAUGCUGCUCUCAGAGGGAAUGCCAUUCUCGUCAAACUGUUGGUCAGUCAUGGAGCCGAUCCUAAUGCUAAAGACGAACGAAAUAACACACCUCUUCAUUAUGCCGCUCUUUGCGGAUGCACUUCGGUAGUCGAGCUGCUGGUGGAUGAAGGAGCAGACCUAAGCAUUCGGACAGACAUGGGACUCUCAGUCCUUCACAAAGCUUCCUUCUAUGGAAGGCUGUCCACUGUGCAGAAACUUGUUGAACUACAAAAUGCUCUCAUCAGCAUGCGUGACAAGAAAAAAUUGAGUGCAGAAGACACUGCCCUCAUCCGCGGUCAUGUCCAUACGGGAUGGUUGCUCAGCAAAAUUGCACGUCAGGGUUCUUUACAAGAUCAGAAACACUUAAAGAAUAUUUGUGUGAACCUAUACACACAGAGCGGAGACUUCUACCACACUUACUGCAGAGAGAAGAACGCCAGCGCGAAAGCUCUAGCUACUGCCAUUGACUUCGGCGUCUGCGACAUGCACUACCAAGACGAGCAGGGCCAGACGCUGCUCCACGUGGCCGCGGAGCAGAACGACCGACCCAAAAUCCGGGUUCUGCUGGAGCGCGGCGCCCUGCCCACCGCCCGCACCCACGACGGCAAGACACCCUCGGACCUCGCCCGGGAGAAAGGCCACCUGGAGGCUGCAAAGACGAUUGCAGACCAGAUCAAUGUUGAAGAAAAGGAAUGCGAAAAGAACAGGCUAUACACUCGCUUACUGGAUUUGAUAACAAGGGCAGCAAAAGUUAAUUCAAAAGGAGAUAAUGAGGAACAGGCAGCCCGUCUAGCAGCCGUGAAGGAGGCCAGCUCACUGCUGGCUUCUGGUGCCCCUUUAGAGCCCCCAGAAGGACACUCCUACUACGCGCUCCACCUUGCCAUUGCAACCAAUUGCACUCCUCUGUUGACUCUGUUGCUAGCUGCUGGAGCGCCAAUGACAUCGUCUGCUGACGGCUUUGGUCCAGUGCAGUUGGCAUGGAAGACCCCGGACAUCACAACAUGGGUUGGAGUUGUUGUUACAAGGGCUGUGAUCCACAAGAUUCUGAUGGAAAUGUCGCUUCUGGAUCCCCACCUGCAGCUUUCGGCAGAAACUUUAGUGAAGUCCUUGGAAAGAGACAAACCUUGGGAUGCAAGGGUCAUCAUCGCAGAAAACUCUUCAAUAACACUAGAUAAUCAUCUGUUUAAAGCCUGUGCCAGUGGAGCAACCACAUUUGCCUGGUGGAUCUGGCACAGCGGUGGUAGUACUGUGUCCCAGAAUAAGGACAAAAGAACACCCCUACAUGCAGCCCUUGACUCGGGGCACCUCGACACAGCUAAUAGCCUCGUCCUCCACAUGGGGGCGAACCUUUUCCUGUCGGACAAUGUGGGGCGAAAACCCGUCGACCUCAUACCAAAUGAUGACACAAGGCGGCAAGUUAUUAAGUUUGAAGUUGUUUUAGGGUUUUACAGUCCCCUGCACAACAAUCUGAAGACAUGCAUGGGAAUGUAUACAGUCUGCGUUGCCAUUUCUACUGCCCAUCGAGAACGGUUGAACUUAGUUUAA